AUGAUAAUGGCUGUAUCAUGGACGAUGAUGCUUCGAAAACAUCACGGAAUUGUGAUCGAAUCCGAGAUUUGUAAAUCAAUCUUCAAAGCAAUUCAUCAGCCGAGUCAGCAGACGAUUUGUGUAAAAUCCCUUCCACUACUCAGUUCGUUCUCAUUGAAUGAAGCCUAUCUUCUUCGCACGAUACUCGUUGAUGAUGACAGUCACACUAUCCACCCAAAUAUUUUAUCCUUGUUAUCGAUUAAGUAUCUACCAUCAACUUCGAUUUAUCACAUUUUUGAUUAUGCAUCCAAUCGAGAUUUAGCGACACAUGGCUUACUAUAUGGUGGAACGGAGAGACAACUUACCAACGAACAAAUUCAGACAUAUCUCUGUCAACUUCUUUCAGCAUUAAUCUACUGUCACGAUCGGCUGGUUUAUCAUUGUGCGAUUGAAUUGAAGCAUUUGUUGAUCACGCGUACGGGACAGUUGAAAUUAGCGAAUUUCGAAUAUGCAAAACAUGCCGCAUGGUCAACGAUGAGAAUCGGCGUCAGCGAUAUUUCAUGCUUCGCGCAAUCACCACCGGAAUUAUUACUGGGUGAUCGAAAAUCGAGCCAUUCAUUGGAUAUUUGGUCGGUUGGUUGUGUUUUUGCACAACUAUGUUCGUCCACUCAAAUUGAACCACUAUUUCAUGGCAAUCAUCAGAUUGAAUUGCUUUUCUGCAUAUUUUCUAUGAUGGGUACACCAACGAGUGAUAUAUGGCCGUCAUUUCCAACAUAUGCUUAUUAUAAUAGUGAAUUUCCCCGUUGGCCGAGAAGAAAUGAUCAUUUGUAUGAAUUAACAAAAUUAAUCGGAGUGCAAGGUUUAGAUUUUCUCAAAUGCUUACUCACUUACGAUCCUAAAAAGCGCUUCACAGCGAGAAAAGCUUUGCAACAUGAAUAUUUUAAUCGGUAG